UGUGAGUUAUUAUGCUUUGUAAAACGAAGCAAGUUAACCGACGAACGUAUAAAUAAGUUUGUGCUUAGGGUUUUUGUAUCCGCCGCUCCCGACUCAGUCCUAUCGUCUCGCAGAACCGAAAAUGCCUUCGCACUAGACAUUUAUGAUAAAGAAGAAGCUGGCGAAGAAGCAGAGGCAGAACAGGCCUAUUCCUUACUGGAUCCGCAUGCGCACUGACAACACCAUCCGUUACAACGCCAAGCGCAGGCACUGGCGCCGCACCAAGCUCGGAUUCUAAGGAUUCAUCUCUUUUUCCCCCAUUAUCUCUGGGCCAUGAGCUGCGGAGUUCUGUUAGGCUUUUUCUCUUUAGAUUUAAUUUUCAGAAUUUGGAGUUGUCAUAACUAUGAUUCCUGUGCGAAGGUGUGCACAAAGUUUUACUGUGAUGUUUGCUACUUAAUUAUAAGCUGAAAUCAAAUUUAGUUUACCUCAUUUUUCUUGUGGUUCCA